AAGGGCAUUCCGACGUUAAACUGUAACCAGACUCUACGCGCGGUUGGUCUACUACAUUCAGUUUGUCCCCUCGCCUCUCAUCCUAGGCUGAGUUCAAAAGAGGGAGGGGAAGAAGACGUCCUUGAAGCCCCAGCCUAUAACAUGAACAGAACUGCCUAGCUAGUAUGGAAGAUGUAACUAGAGAUGAGGAAUCAUACUCCUCACCGACCUACAGCGUGGAGAGACCUGUUUUAAAUGAGCAGUACAUUGACUCCCACCUACUACACCAUAAGGAGAGGCAACCCAAAACUAUCACACAGAGGAUCACAGAGCACUGUCGGUGUUCAACUGAGAAGGCCAAAUCUGUAGUUUUUAGUCUCUUGCCCAUUCUAACAUGGCUACCUUCAUACCCUGUGAAGAAGUACCUCUUCCAGGAUGUUCUGUCUGGUCUGAGCACUGGGGUUGUGCAGCUACCUCAAGGUCUUGCCUAUGCCAUGUUGGCCGCUGUCCCUCCUGUGUAUGGCUUGUACUCAUCAUUUUAUCCAGUUCUGCUCUACACUUUCUUUGGUACCUCAAGGCACAUAUCAGUGGGAACGUUUGCUGUGGUCAGUCUCAUGAUUGGAGGUGUUGCGGUCAGAGAGGCUCCAGACUCCAUGUUCAUGCUUAAUGGUACCAAUGCAUCUGAGCCAGCUGUGGACGAAGCCGCCCGGGAUGCCAGGAGAGUGCAGGUGGCUGUUAUCCUCACGACGUUAGUGGGUAUCAUUCAGUUGCUGCUGGGUGUGCUGAGGUUUGGGUUUGUGGCGAUCUACCUGACUGAGCCCCUUGUUCGCGGAUUCACCACAGCUGCUGCGCUCCAUGUCUUCAUCUCUCAAAUCAAAUAUCUGCUGGGUGUUGAAACCACACGCUUUAGUGGACCCCUCUCUGCUCUUAGGAGUGUUGUUGCUGUCCUACAGAAGAUCACCACCACAAAUGUUGCCACAGUGGUUUUGGGCUUUGGGUGUAUCAUCUUCCUGUUUGGGAUUAAAGAAAUCAAUGAGAGAUUUAAAAAGAAGAUACCUAUCCCCAUUCCUGGAGAGAUUAUAGUGGUGAUUGUUUCCACAGGGAUCUCAUAUGGGAUGGGCUUACAUGCAAACUACAAGGUUGAUAUUGUUAAGGACAUCCCUACAGGGUUGCUACCUCCUGCUAUUCCUGAUUUCUCUCUCUUGCCCAAUGUACUUGUGGAUUCUAUUGCUAUAGCAAUCGUGAGCUUCUCUAUGGGCAUCUCCCUGGCUAAGAUCUUUGCUCUCAAGUACAGCUAUAAAGUGGAUGGGAACCAGGAACUGAUUGCGCUGGGUGUGUGUAAUUUUGCUGCAUCGUUCUUCCAAACCUUUACCAUUACUGGCUCCAUGUCCCGUAGUCUAAUACAAGAAAGCACUGGAGGCAAGACUCAGAUUGCGGGAUUAAUAGGCUCUUUGGUUGUUCUGCUUGUGGUGGCUGCCAUUGGCUUUCUGUUUGAACCUCUGCCAAAGACUGUGUUGGCAGCAAUUAUCAUGGUGAACCUGCUGGGAAUGUUUAAGCAGUUCAGGGAUAUCCCAGCUCUGUGGAGCACCACCAGGAUCGAACUGGCCAUCUGGUUGGUCUCUUUCAUAGCCUCCUUUCUUCUGGGUCUUGACUAUGGCUUGCUGGUGGCCAUUGCAUUUGCAAUACUGACUGUAAUCUACAGAACACAAAGCCCCAAAACUCUUAUUCUGGGACAAAUUCCAAACACAGGGAUGUACUGUGAUGUGAAUGAAUAUGAAGAGGCCACUGAAUGUGCAGGGAUCAAGAUUUUUCAGUCAAACUCCUCCAUCUACUUUGCCAACAGUGACCAGUAUGUGAACACUCUCAAAGUGAAGACAGGUGUAGACCCUGCACAAUUACUUGCUGCUCAGAAAUUACAGAAAAAGAAGGCAAAGAAGAUGAAUGAAGAGAAGAAAACAAAUAAGUCUCCGUCAGAAAAAAGGAACGCUGUUAUCAAACUGGACAUGGAGGACCAUGUCACUCAGGAGUUGGUGGAGGCGUCCCAGCGUGAUACAGACGUCCAGGGGAACGGGCAGGUCACUGAAUCUGAGGUGGUGAUAGACAAUGAGGAGGGACACUGUCUGGUUCCCCUCAGCCACAUCCACUCAAUCAUACUGGACUUCACCCCCGUCAAUUUUAUCGACUCUGUCGGCGCUAAAGCAAUCAAAGCUGUGAUCAAAGAGUAUGCCGCCAUUGAUGUGUGCAUUUUCCUGGCUGGUUGUAGUAGAACACUGCUGGAUGAACUAAGGGCUCUGCAGUUUUUCGGCGGCCCUGUAACCCCUGACCUUGUGUUUCCCACUGUCCAUGAUGCCGUGCUCCACUGCCAGCACAGGAAAACCUCUCCCCCCUGCCCUGCUGUCCAGUGAGCUUGCAGGAACAUGAUUGAUAGAGGCCAGGGUAGGGAGGGUAGGCACAGAGCCUAGGAGCAGUUGUAUGAGAGAGUAUGUUGUAACGAAACCUUAGCGUUAAAAUUACAAGACUAGAGUUAGACAGGGCACCUGGACACAGAGAGUACGACUGAAAUUAGUGACAAGGAAAUCUGGCCUGUUUGAGAAUUUGAUGGUGGUGUUAUGUUGGUGUAGAAUCACCAAACAGUCUACAGUCUACGUGCAUCCUACUGUCCAAGUCCAAUUCAGUCAUGUCGUGAAACCGUCCUGCGAGUACUAUUUUGAUGCUCCCAUUGACAUUCCAGUAGGUUGAUUUCAGAUUGCAACUUAUUUUGGCAUUGAUUUUCAACAAAAAAAAAAUUCACUCAAGUUAAAUGUUGGUCAUCACUGAUGGGUUGAUCUCGUCAACCAUUUCCAAAAGAACUUGUAUACAAGGGUGCAAUGUGUAAUCACUAUGUAAGAUUUUAGAUUUUUUUUCUUUCUGUGUUUGUAUGUUGUUGAGUUUGCUUUGAAUUAAUGACAAUCAUUUGGGUGAUGAUGACGGUAGAGUGUUUCACUAAUAAUGUUUCUCUGCACUACUGUUGACAGUUUAUGUAGGUACGCCCCCUUGUGUUUGCAGCGCCGUCAUCACUUCGGCUCUCUCGUUGGUGCUGCUGGCUUCCCGCACUUCUGUUUUAUGAGGUCUUUUUAAAAUGAUAUUGGAGUUUUUUUGGGUCUGGAUGAGGCAAAUUUCUUAUGCAUACAGUUACUGAAAGAAAAGUGAUAUUUUGUGCCUGGCUAUCUUCCAUUUCAAUAUAGACCAGUAUUAUGACAAACACUACGGUGAAAUCCCCAGAUUGUCAGCCUGUUACCUGUGUCGGGAGGUGUUUAUGUCCAAGACGCAUCUCGUCUUUUAGUCACUUUUUACCACCAGUUUGAAAUGCAGUUCGUCGGUAUCUAGUAUCCAGAACUACAUAGACAACUGACCAUCAGUAAACACGGAUCAGUCAGAGGAAGAGCUGUCAGGUGUGUGUGUGUGUGUGUGUGUGUGUGUGUGACCCAGCCGGCUGUGCUCCUCCGCAUCCCCGGCCGCGGUCACCAGGUGUGGUGCUGCUGGGAUUUGAGCUUUGAAUCCCAGAUGUGGGACACACCUCUAUUGUGUGAUAGUGCCUUAGCCAGGUGCUCCAUCCAGGGGCCAUGCAUCUUCAUUUUUUAAUGAAAUAGAGCUCUAACGUAUUGUAAUGUGUUUCAUUUUUUUUAAGCAUAUAAAAGGAGACCAAAGUCUUGGAAUCAACUACAAAUGUAGGCAAAGUGGUGGUUUAGGUCUUUCAGGAACUUGUUGAUUUGAAAUGUAUUUUUAUAAGAAAAUAUGGAAUUUCUUUUAUCAUGUUAGGUCAUGUAUACAUUUAAUAAAAAAUGCUUUUGC